CCUUUUCCACCACUGACGCUCCCUCUCUUCUUCUCCCAUCUCCAAUCCAACAUCGCCUGCCUGCCUGUCGAUCCCACACCACCCACUCCUCACCACCCUUCCUCAUCAACCUUCCUCACCACCCUUCCUCACUCCUCACCAACCUCACUACCACUACCAGCACCAUGUGCGGCCGCGGCCCUCAUCGUCGUCAUCACCAUCACCACCACCACCACCACCAUCGCCCAGGUGUGGGUGCGUUUGUGGCUGGCGCCAUGGUUGGAUCGGCCGUCCGUGCAGCCACCCGCCCAGCACACCAGCGCCACGUCGUCGUGCACAGGACGGUGGUGCAGCAGCAGCCAGCGCCCCCGCCACCUGCCCAGUAUGCUCCCGGCCCGUACGCUCCCCAGCCGCAGUACCCAGCAUACCCACAGCCCCCACAGCAGCAGCACCAGCAGUAUGCCCCGCCACCGGCUUACCCGCAGUACCCACCACAACAGCACCAGCACCAGCACCAGCAACCCCCGCCACCGGCCUCACACGCCUAUCCACCAGCACAGGCACCGCCGGCCCAGCACCAGGCGCCUUACGCCCCGCCCCCUGCUAGCCAGCACCAGGCGCCUUAUGCCCCGCCACCGCCAGCCCACGGUACAAGCCCAUAUGCGCCCCCACCAGCCACGUCUUCCCCAUACGGGCAGCCGCCACAGCAGCACCACCAGCAGCCACCACAGCAUCCUCCACAGUACCAACAGCAGCCGCCACAGGCCGGCCCAUACGCCCAGAAGGGGCCCUACGGCUGAAAACACCCGCGCCUCACCAUCCUAGUACUGCGUGAUCCAUCCAUUGUCAUGACUACUAACUUGCAGUGUUUAUGACCUUGCGCCAUCGCGCGCAUGUAUGGUGUUUCUCAUUCCAUUUCGUGUUUGCAUCAAAUUCGCCUUCGUGCGCGUUCACAUGCGACGCCCACUGUAUCCUGUUGCCCCUGUUUCAUAGUCGCACAUAGUCACGCGUGCUUUGCUUCAUUCUUCCCAUCCAUCUUGUUGACUGGCGGUUGCCCGCCAGCUUUCCUUU